GCCAGUCGUUCCCGGUCAUUGUACGUGCAAGCAACGAGUGGUGGUGCCUUUCUCCAUAUAAAGAACUGUUCAAUGAAAUAGUGUUCUACUUGCUAGUUCUAACAGAAUGUUUUUUUAAAGAAAGUAGUUCUCUGGCAGAUCGUUGUCUUUCGUGAGAGUCGAAAAAGUGCUUUACCAACCGCCGGCCAGCCAUCUCCUCCGACAAACGAAACGUUCUUAUCAGAAACUGACCACCAGCACUUCCCACUAGGCCGCUCGGUGUAUGUCGCUCGCGCGAUCUACCACAACCUCCGUGAAACCGUGCUUUGUGACGAUGCGUUGGUUUUAAUCACUAGAACACAGAAAAGAAAAACCGCGACUGCAAAAGUGUAAACAGCCCCGGGAUUGAUAACCAUUUGCCAUCGCAAUAACCUUUCUGAGCUGGGCGACAGUUUUAGACCACAGCACACCUCGAUUCAGUCACUCGAUCGGUCUACGAGCACGCGGUUGUGCGUAAUUGCGGAAUGCAAUCCAGCGGAACCAACGGUGCCCUGCGGUCGUGCGUGCGUGAGAAUGUGCUGUGAAUGCAACGGUGCAUGCACCACGUGAAUGUGAAGGCUGUGUACGCGGUGAUUAGAGUACUGAACGAAGCAAUAACUUACGCAGUGCCUGUAAACGAUCGUUAAUUGGUGAACUUUGAAAUUCGAUCGCUAACGAUGACACAAAACAAUCGAUUAAACGCCUCGAUCGAUGAUCUAGAAGGACGAGGAGCGGGGGAACGGGGGGACAUCUUACCCGCAAUGAUCGAUAGGGGUAUUGAUUCGGUUGAUCCGAAGACAACCAGAAGUGAAGGUACGAUGAUGGAGCUAAACUCGAUCCUGGACACGGGCAGUAGCCGGUCCGAGGUAGACGGACGUACGCGACGGAAUCGGGCGAAUCAAACGCACACCUACGACAUCCACAAGGGAAUUGCCGAAAGUGCGAUGGAUAUUUCGCUGCUGACGGCCAACGCCAACCAGCUGCGGUUGUUGGUGACGUACAACGUACGAUCCAGCACGUAUCUGGCCUGCAUUACGCUGGUCAUCACCUCGCUCGUGCUGCAGAUCGUUGUCGCUAGCGGUGUGAUCAUUAUCAAGAGCCAUCCAAAAUCGAAACCAAGUCCAACGAUACAUCGGUUGAAGGUUGCUACAUCCAUACUGGUUACGAUCAUCACGGUGAUCAACAUACUGGUAGCAUCGCUGGUCAUAACCGAUAGGAACCCAGGCGAGAAUAGUAGCACCUCUAAUCAGCCAUAAACCAAGCAGCCGAAUUAAGGCCACUUCCGGACCGCCAACAGCACAGCACAGGCUUCGUGUUGAGCUUGUACUUGCCACCGGUCUACCGAAGAACGUACAAACCGCGACCACUGCGGUAUGAUUAGUGAGUCACUGCCGAGCCUUCAUUCAGCC